UUUCCUCACUCACAACUAUUCAGAUACAGAACUUUGUUUAAUCUGCUUCAUUUGUUUCGAAAUCUCUUAACAAAAAUGGCCUCUUUCAAUUGCUUUGCUUUAGCAUUCUUGAUGGCUUUGUCAUUUGCAAGCAUUGAUAUUGGGGUAGCAACUCGUCACCUUCUGCAGCAGCCUCAAACACAAAGUUUGCCAUCUUUCCCUAAUCUCCCAACGCCAUCCCGACCAUCAUUCCCAUGGCCCGGGGCGCUUCCUCCACUUCCGACCACAUUGCCAACAGGACUACCCCCUCUGCCAAGCAUUCCCUCAGUCUCCACAAUCCCAACUGCAAUUCCCCCUAUUCCUUUCUCUUCUCCACCAUUGCCAUCUUUCACUAAUCUCCCAAAUCCUGGGGUGCUUCCUCCACUUCCUACCACAUUUCCAAGAGGACUGGCCCCUCUGCCAAGCAUUCCCUUAGUCCCCACAAUCCCAACUGCAGUUCCCUCUAUUCCUUUCUUUUCUCCACCACCUUCUCCUUCUACUCGUUGAAAUACCCCCCUUUUUUCUAUCUGCUGCAUACUGGAUCUGGUUUAAUAAGUUUUUUAGUCGUCUUUGUGUCUUAAUUAUGAGUGUUGAUUUCUUCCACAUAUAUUCGUUUGUAUAAACGGGAGUUCUUCAAUUCCCAUUAUUUGUUAUAUUUUGAUACGUUAUUGCUUAUUAUAUAUGGGGUAUUUAUA